AAUAAAUACAAACCAAUAAAUAAUGUAAGUUCGGAAUUCCAAUUCAAGUGUAACAUUUCAAGAAGAUUAGUUGAACCAGAAGAGGAUAUGAAUGAUCGAAAUUCAGAUGAAACUAUAAGUCGUCCAGAACUUUUAUCACUAUGGGAAAGUAAUCAAAAAUAUGAAGAACGUAGAUUUGAUGAGACACUUCAAUUUUUAUUAGAACAACUGCAUAAAGAAGCACCAUCCUAUAAUAUAGGUGAAGAUGAAAAAACUAGAAUGUGGUCAAGUUUUUUAAAGGAUGCUUAUAGAUGCGCUAGUGAUGCCAAGUAUAUCCUUAGGAUGAAAUUAGAAGAUUUGGUUAGAAGCGGAUCAUGUACACGUGAAGAAGGUAAAAAGUUUUUAGAUUUUUCAACUUAUCAAUGGGGUAAAUUAAGGUACAUAACAGAAAAAGAAUUUUGGAAUAGACUUGAUCGUUCGCGUCGCAGUAAUUUUAAUUUAUUUUCCUGA